CUCGUCCGCUACAGCUCCGAGGGCGUCCUGCAGCUGGGGCCGCUGGGCUCCACCGCCUUCCUGCCCGACUCCAAAUGCCUCGUGGACGACGGGAAGGGCAGGACGCCCACGCUGAAGAAGUGCGAGGACGUCCUGAGGCCAGCACAGAGGUUCUGGGACUUCACACAGAAUGGUCCAAUCAUCAGCAGGGACACUGGCCGUUGCCUAGAAGUGGAAAUGUCGAAAGAUGCAAAUUUUGGGCUCAGAUUAGUCGUACAAAGGUGCUCGGGGCAAAAGUGGAUGAUUAGAAACUGGAUCAAGCACGGCCGGCACUGA